AUGUAUGACGCCGCUACCGUUGCCCCAGCUGCCGCUGCUGCUCCAGCCAAAGCCGCCAAGAAAAAGGUUGCCUCCAGCAAACCCAAGACUGCAGUUGCUCACCUGAAUUACAAGGCCAUGAUUGCCGAUGAAGUCUCCGCUUUGAAGGAACGUGGUGGUUCUUCUCGCCAAGCCAUCUUGAAAUACAUCAUCGCCAACUACAAGGUGGGAGACAACCCUACCGCCAUCAACGCUCGUCUCAAGGCUGCCCUGAAAGCCGGAGUGACCGCUGGAAGUCUGAAACAGUCCAAAGGGAACUGGAGCUGCCGUUUCUCCUUUCCCAGCCUUAAUUCAGUCGUAUUUAGGGGACUUAAACCCACCCGAGACAAUUUGCAAGGGUCUGCUUGUCCUUAA